AUGGCACACAACAGCUGGGAGGCCGACAAAAUGCUGGAUGUGUACAUUUACGACUACCUAUGCAAGCGAGGCUUGCCGAAAUCCGCGGAAACGUUUCUCGCCGAGGCGAAAGUCUCGUCAGACCCCGUCGCCAUAAAUGCUCCUGGAGGGUUCCUUUUCGAGUGGUGGUCGGUGUUCUGGGACAUAUUUAUCGCACGGACCAAUGAGAAGCAUUCCGAAGUCGCGGCUUCCUAUAUCGAGACUCAGCAGAUCAAAGCAAGGGAGCUGCAGCGGCAGCAGAGGGCCCAGCAAAGGCAGCAGCUGAAGCAAGAGCUAGGCGGUCCCAUCCAACCAUCCCCACACCAGGCAACCCAGCAGGCCGCAGCGAGUGGUGUGCUGGCGAGCCGGCUGUAUGAGGAGCGGCUGAAGCAGGCGCAGCUGGCCAGGGCGGAGAGCGGGGCGAGCAUGGAUGAGGCUGCGGCUCUCAGGGUGAGUACCGCAGACAGUGACGUGAGUGUGUUGGUGAUGUACAGGUUCUGGUGGGUUUUUAGUGGGCCAAAGUGGGUUUGGGCCGCGACCUGCCGGCUGUAUGAGGAGCGGCCGAAGCAGGCGCAGCUGGCGAGGGCGGAGAGCAGGGCGAGCAUGGACGAGGCUGCACUCAGGGCAUAUCAUUGGCUUUCCCUUUCCGUCCCCUCCCCUCUCCCCCACCGACGUCCCCCCUUCCCCCUGCUUCCAUACGCGCCAGGCAUAUCGUCAGCUGCUAGGUCGGCUCAGUUGCAGCAAAUGAAGGGCAACUGGCCCAUCGUGCAUAUCACCAGCUUUCCAUUUCCCUCCCCUCCCUUCGUCCCCCCUCCCGGGCCAACCUUCCCCCUGGUUCUGUGCGCGCCAGGCAUAUCAUCAGCUGCUAGGUCGGCUCAGUUGCAGCAGAUGAAGGGAAACUGGCCCGCAGGUCUUUCGUACCAGAUGCUCUCGCCCUUACAGCAGCACCACCUGCUGCAGCAGGCGCAGGCUCAGAUUGCACGUCUCUUCAACUCGCCCCAGUACCAGAUGCUCUCGCCCAUACAGCAGCAGCACCUGCUGCAGCAGGCACAGGCACAGGGCCUCAUCACCAACGCAGGCGCGCUAGCAGGGCUAGCAGGCGCGGGGGGAGGCGCAGGGGGGGCAGCAGGGGGAGCAGCAGGGGCGGGCGCAGCAGCGGGAAUGCAAGGGGGAGGGGGAGCGGGAGCUGGGGCGGUGAGUGGUGGGGCGGGUUUGGGCGGCAAUCUGCCUGGGCGGGCGGCAGGAGGGACGUCCCUAGUGGGAUUCGGGGCGGGUAUGGCUACAGAAAUGGAAAACCGGCAGCUGAGACAGUUACUGAGUAAGGGGGUAGCUGGGAACCCUGCUGCUGCAGCUGCGAUGGCAGCAGCGGCAGCAGCAGGAGCGGGGGGAAAAGCAGGAGGGGAGGAGGGGGGUGGGUCCCCCAGUGUGGGGUCGCCUGCUGGGUUGCUGCCGUCCGGUGCUGCUGCUGCUGUGGCGGCUGCUGCUGCUCUCAGUCGAGGGGCGUCGCCUCAAGAGCAGCAAGAGAUGAUUCUCAAGACGUCUCAAAAUGUGCUCAGCUCAUUGACGCCCCUUUUUUACUUGUGUGUCGCCCUGCUUGCUGUGUUCUUGUUCUUUUCAGCUGCAAGCUCAACGAGCACGGGCCAUGGGCGCGCAGGGGGCCAUGGGGGGCCUGAUGGGCGCACAGGUGAAGCAGGAGCAGCUGCUGCUGCUGCAGCAACACCAGCAGUUGCUACUGCAGCAGCAGCAGCAACAACAGCAGCAACAACAGCAGCAACAGCAGCAGCAGGUGAUGGGGGCGCCUGGGCAGCACAUGCAGCAGGAGGGGCAUCAGGGGGGGAUGGGUCGGCAGGGCAGCAUAGGCGGACCAGUGAGAGCAGCAGGGCAGCAGCAGCAGGGUCAGGCGCAGGGACAGGGACAGGGGCAGGGGGGACAGGGAGGGGCACAGGGGGGGAUGCAGGGGCAGCAAGAGCAGCAGCAGCAGCAGCAGAUGGGUGUGCCUGCUUUGGCAUGGAAGGGACGCUCUCAGGCGAGCCGUCCCCGGGGAACCAGCUGGUGGAGCUGGAGCGGUUUGGGGUGGGGGUGGGGGACGACGGGUCGCUGGACGACAAUGUGGACUCGUUCCUCUCCACUGACGAUGGCGAUGGCCGCGAGCCGCUCUUCUGCACCGGCAAGCGCAGCAGCAUGGGCAGCAUGGACGGGAAAGGUGGGUGCGUGUGGGAGGGGGGAGGGGGGGAUGGGAGGCGAACUGGUGGGGUUCUAACCCGCUUCUCCCUCUACUCCUCUCUCCAACCCCCCCACAGGGUUCUAACCCGCUUCUCCCUCUACUCCUCUCUCCAACCCCCCCACAGGGUUCUAACCCGCUUCUCCCUCUACUCCUCUCUCCAACCCCCCCACAGGGUUCUAACCCGCUUCUCCCUCUACUCCUCUCUCCAACCCCCCCACAGGGUUCUAACCCGCUUCUCCCUCUACUCCUCUCUCCAACCCCCCCACAGGGUUCUAACCCGCUUCUCCCUCUACUCCUCUGUCCAACCCCCCCACAGGGUUCUAACCCGCUUCUCCCUCUACUCCUCUCUCCAACCCCCCCACAGGGUUCUAACCCGCUUCUCCCUCUACUCCUCUCUCCAACCCCCCCACAGGGUUCUAACCCGCUUCUCCCUCUACUCCUCUCUCCAACCCCCCCACAGGGUUCUAACCCGCUUCUCCCUCUACUCCUCUCUCCAACCCCCCCACAGGGUUCUAACCCGCUUCUCCCUCUACUCCUCUCUCCAACCCCCCCACAGGGUUCUAACCCGCUUCUCCCUCUACUCCUCUCUCCAACCCCCCCACAGGGUUCUAACCCGCUUCUCCCUCUACUCCUCUGUCCAACCCCCCCACAGGGUUCUAACCCGCUUCUCCCUCUACUCCUCUCUCCAACCCCCCCACAGGGUUCUAACCCGCUUCUCCCUCUACUCCUCUCUCCAACCCCCCCACAGGGUUCUAACCCGCUUCUCCCUCUACUCCUCUCUCCAACCCCCCCACAGGGUUCUAACCCGCUUCUCCCUCUACUCCUCUCUCCAACCCCCCCACAGGGUUCUAACCCGCUUCUCCCUCUACUCCUCUCUCCAACCCCCCCACAGGGUUCUAACCCGCUUCUCCCUCUACUCCUCUCUCCAACCCCCCCACAGGGUUCUAACCCGCUUCUCCCUCUACUCCUCUCUCCAACCCCCCCACAGGGUUCUAACCCGCUUCUCCCUCUACUCCUCUCUCCAACCCCCCCACAGGGUUCUAACCCGCUUCUCCCUCUACUCCUCUCUCCAACCCCCCCACAGGGUUCUAACCCGCUUCUCCCUCUACUCCUCUCUCCAACCCCCCCACAGGGUUCUAACCCGCUUCUCCCUCUACUCCUCUCUCCAACCCCCCCACAGGGUUCUAACCCGCUUCUCCCUCUACUCCUCUCUCCAACCCCCCCACAGGGUUCUAACCCGCUUCUCCCUCUACUCCUCUCUCCAACCCCCCCACAGGGUUCUAACCCGCUUCUCCCUCUACUCCUCUCUCCAACCCCCCCACAGGGUUCUAACCCGCUUCUCCCUCUACUCCUCUCUCCAACCCCCCCACAGGGUUCUAACCCGCUUCUCCCUCUACUCCUCUCUCCAACCCCCCCACAGGGUUCUAACCCGCUUCUCCCUCUACUCCUCUCUCCAACCCCCCCACAGGGUUCUAACCCGCUUCUCCCUCUACUCCUCUCUCCAACCCCCCCACAGGGUUCUAACCCGCUUCUCCCUCUACUCCUCUCUCCAACCCCCCCACAGGGUUCUAACCCGCUUCUCCCUCUACUCCUCUCUCCAACCCCCCCACAGGGUUCUAACCCGCUUCUCCCUCUACUCCUCUCUCCAACCCCCCCACAGGGUUCUAACCCGCUUCUCCCUCUACUCCUCUCUCCAACCCCCCCACAGGGUUCUAACCCGCUUCUCCCUCUACUCCUCUCUCCAACCCCCCCACAGGGUUCUAACCCGCUUCUCCCUCUACUCCUCUCUCCAACCCCCCCACAGGGUUCUAACCCGCUUCUCCCUCUACUCCUCUCUCCAACCCCCCCACAGGGUUCUAACCCGCUUCUCCCUCUACUCCUCUCUCCAACCCCCCCACAGGGUUCUAACCCGCUUCUCCCUCUACUCCUCUCUCCAACCCCCCCACAGGGUUCUAACCCGCUUCUCCCUCUACUCCUCUCUCCAACCCCCCCACAGGGUUCUAACCCGCUUCUCCCUCUACUCCUCUCUCCAACCCCCCCACAGGGUUCUAACCCGCUUCUCCCUCUACUCCUCUCUCCAACCCCCCCACAGGGUUCUAACCCGCUUCUCCCUCUACUCCUCUCUCCAACCCCCCCACAGGGUUCUAACCCGCUUCUCCCUCUACUCCUCUCUCCAACCCCCCCACAGGGUUCUAACCCGCUUCUCCCUCUACUCCUCUCUCCAACCCCCCCACAGGGUUCUAACCCGCUUCUCCCUCUACUCCUCUCUCCAACCCCCCCACAGGGUUCUAACCCGCUUCUCCCUCUACUCCUCUCUCCAACCCCCCCACAGGGUUCUCCUUCACGGAGAACGGGUGCCUGAGAGCCAGCUCCACCAAGGUUUCUCCUUCACGGAGUAUGGGUGCCUAAGGGCCAGCUCCACCAAGGUGGUGUGCUGCCACUUCUCCCAGGACGGGAAGCUGCUUGCGAGUGCGGGCCACGACAAGACGGAAGGGAAGCUGCUCGCCAGUGCGGGCCAUGACAAAACGGUGAGUGCACCAGGUUAUGACAAUGGGUGCCAACCGUGGCGAUACAGUGAGUGUGUGGUGUGCUGCCACUUCUCCCAGGACAGCAAGCUGCUUGCGAGCGCCGGCCACGACAAGACGGCUGUGCUGUGGGAGAUGGAUUCCCUCUCCAUGCGCGCCACGCUGGAGGGCCACUCGCUGCUCAUCACCGACGUGCGGUUCAGCCCCAGCCUGCCACGUGUCGCCACGUCAUCGUUUGACAAGACCGUGCGCGUGUGGGACAUUGACAAUCCGGCCUUCCCUCUGCGCACGCUAGCGGGGCACAUGACAUCUGUGGUGUCGUUGGACUUCCACCCCGAGGACGAGGACCUGCUCUGCUCCUGCGACGCUGACGGGGAGAUUCGCUACUGGAGUGUCAAUCAGGAGAUGUGCACCCGGGUGUUCAAGGGUGCCACCACGCAGGUGCGCUUUCAGCCGCGCAUGGGGCGACUGCGGGCAGGUGCCACCACGCAGGUGCGCUUUCAGCCGCGCAUGGGGCGGCUACUGGCAGCAGCGGCUGAGUCGGUAGUCUCGAUAUUCGACGUCGAGACAGAGGCCUGCCUGCGCACGCUCGAGUUGGAGAUGCUUGCUCCCCCUUGCCCUCCAUAUCUCCUCCCUCCCCAACCUCCCUUCCGCCCCUCCUUCCACCUCUUUUCCCUCCUCCCCAACCCCUGUUUCUUGAGAAUUCUAAAAAAACACGCGCUUUUCCCUCUUCCCCAACCCCCCUCGCACCACCAGCAACGGCACAGCAAGCCAGUGCACUCGGUCUGCUGGGACGCCAUAGGCGAGUUCAUAGCCUCCGUCUCAGAGAAUGUGGUGCGAGUGUACGCGUUGGGCUCGGGCAACUGGGGCGAGUGCGUGCACGAGCCGCAACGGCACAGCAAGCCAGUCCAUUCAGUCUGCUGGGACGCCACAGGCGAAUUCAUAGCCUUGGUGUCAGAGGAUGCAGUGCGAGUGUAUGCGUUGGGCCCAGGCAACGGGGGCGAGUGUGUGCACGGGCUUUUCAACUCACACCGCUCUUCUCUUUCCUUGCAUGCUCUCUCCCCUAUCCCCCCAUGUCUCCCACACCACCAGCAACGGCACAGCAAGCCAGUCCAUUCAGUCUGCUGGGACGCUACGGGAGAGUUCAUCGCUUCUGUCUCAGAGGAUGCAGUGCGAGUGUAUGCGCUGGGCCCGGGCAACGGGGGCGAGUGUGUGCACGAGCUGGUCAGCAGCGGCAACAAGUUCCACUCGUGCACCUUCCACCCCAAGUACCCCUCACUGCUCGUCAUCGGCUGCUACCAAAAGCGGCAACAAAUUCCACUCCUGCACCUUCCACACCAAGUACGGUACCCCUCGCUGCUCGUCAUCGACUGCUACCAGAGAAAGGGGUAUGUGGGGCCUGUGUGUGGCUGGCAGCACACGGGUCUUUUUCCACUGGGUAUUUCUGCACCUUCCACACCAAGUACAAUACCCCUCGCUGCUCGUCAUCGGCUGCUACCAGAGCAUGAUAGUGCAAGUAAGGCCCAGCGAAUGCAGGCCCAACCACCGAACCCCCACCUCACCUCCUCCAUCAACCCUCCCGGUCCUCCCCCCUCCCUCCCUCCCACCUUCUCCCUCACUCCCCCCUCCUCCUCCUUCUCCCCCCUUCCCCCCCUUUCCCUCCCCCCCUUAUUUCUCCCCGCUCCCCUACCUUCGUUGGAGCUAUGGAAUAUGGUGGAGAACAAGAGCAUGAUUGUGCAAGGGGCACAUGACGGGCUUAUCGCUGCACUUGCGCAUUCGCAGGCGCGUGGGCUCGUUGCGUCUGCGAGCCAUGACAAAUGUCCGACCGAUGCGAGCUCUGAGUUCAAGCAACCUGCUCCUAAGAAGGCGACAGGAAUUCAAGUCCAAUCUCGUUUCAUGCAAACACCCGCUCAGUCCUCAGCCUCCCGUCGCGAAGGCUCCAUGAUUCCCACUCCCGGUACGCGCCUCUCAUCAAUGCACGCGCCAUCAACCGCCGCGAAAAGCGCCGUCAGAGGCGGCGCCAGCAGCGUUACAGGCCGAGUUUCCGCAACUCCCCGCGCGAGCCUCACCCCCGCGCAAGCCUCCGCGGGAUCCCGCGCGGGAGCCAGCAGAGGCGGCGGAUCUACCACGGGGCUCGCGAGCAGAACCAGCGCUGGCGGAAGAGGCGCAUCCGGGGCUGGCGGAGCAGGCGGAGCGGGCGGAGCAGGUGUCCGCGCGGCCCCCAGUGCGGCGAAAGGCGUUUCGCAGGCAGCGGGGAGGGGGAGAUUUGAAGGGCCUCAAUAUCAAACUCCCAUGGGGAGAGGGCGAGGGGGGAAUGCAGCGGCGCAGUACCAGACUCCUCAUGGUAGAGGUGGAGAAGGGAUCAAGGGACGCCUUUUCCAGACUCCAAUGACUGGAAGGGGGGAAGGGGGAAUGGGUACUGGCGGGAGGGAGGGGAGAGUGGCGAUGGUGGUGGGGGGACGAGGAGACGGAGGAGGGGAGAGAGCAGGUGGUAGGGGAGGUGGUGGGGGAGGUGGUUUGGGAGGUGGUAGGGGAGUUAACCCUGAGAACCGAAACGUGACUCUUGUGCCGACAGGCGAGGCUCUGGAAGGUGGUGAGGUGGCAGAAGGGACGGCCGCCGUGUCAGCAGCGCGGGAUGCUGAUGUGGCAGGAACAGCAGGUGGAGAGGAUGUGUCGGUAGGAGAGAGGGAAGGGGACGCGCAAGGGGCGGAAGGGGCUACUACCAGCUAUGACAGGGGCGAGGAGGAAGGGGCAACUAUCACUGACCAGGGGGAGGAGGGCGGGGCAAUCAGCGGUGACAGGGGCGAGGAGGAAGAAGAGACCAGCGCUGCCCUGGGGGAUCCGGACGAGGCUACUGUAGCUGGUGGGAUGUUGGCGCUGCAACUGGCUCAUGUGGCUGGCCAGCACAAGGAGAGGGAGCAGGCGGAGGGGGAGCAGGCGGAGGGGGAGCAGGCGGAAGGAGAACAAGCGGAAGGAGAGCACGCGGAAGAGCUGGCGGAAGGAGAGCAUGCAGAAGGGGGGCAGGCGGAGGGGGAGCAGGCGGAGGGGGAGCAGGCGGAGGGGGAGCAGACGGAGAGGGAGCAGACGGAGGGGAAGCAGACGGAAGGGGAGCGGGCGGAGGGGGACCAGGAGGAAAGUGCGAGAUGCUCUGUGAGUAGUGACGGCAGUGGUUUUGCUGCGUUGCUAGAAGCAGCGGGAGCAGUUGGAGCAGCUGGUGGCGGUGGUGGUUUUGCUGCUGGUGUUGCUGGUGCUGCUCCCGAUAUGCAAGAUGCUACUCAGCGAGGGGAUGUUGGUGCUACUGCUAGCACUUCACGUGUUUCAGCAAGUUUGGAUGGCUCGGUGUACAGCGACGUAGGCUCGGUGCACAGCCAUGGGGAUCUGGAUCUGGUAGCCUCGGGCUCUGUGGGUUCGGAAAGUAGUGAAAGGGGUGAGAGGGGCGAGAGGGGCGAACAGGAGGGGAUGGUACCGGCAGUGGCAGCAGUACUGGAGGAGCUAUCUGGCCUCCCUUGGUCGACUCAAGCAGCGAUUGUGAGGAACAGGGAGUUGCAGGUGCAGGCGAUGCUGGUGCUGCAAGAAGAGGCUGCUGAGGAGAGGAACCGAGAGAACAUGGUGAGUGCGUGGGAGGGAUGGAGGAAUGUUGUGAGGCUACUCAAAACGGAACAGGGAGUUGCAGGUGCAGGCGAUGCUGGUGCUGCAAGAAGAAGCAGCGGAGGAGAGGAACGGGCAGAACAUGGUGAGUGUGGGGAGAGGAGGGAGGAGAUGCACAGGCAGAGCAUGAUGAUUGGGGGGCGUGGGGCCGCUGCUACAGCAGCAGCAGCAGCAGCAGCAUCGUCUUACCAGAACGCAUUCUCCCCACUCCCUCCUCCCCUCUCCCUUCUCCCCACUCCCUCUUCCCCUCUCCCUUCUCCCCACUCCCUCCUCCCCUCUCCCUUCUCCCCACUCCCUCCUCCACUCUCCCUUCUCCCCACUCCCUCCUCCCCUCUCCCUUCUCCCCACUCCCUCCUCCCCUCUCCCUUCUCCCCACUCCCUCCUCCCCUCUCCCUUCUCCCCACUCCCUCCUCCCCUCUCCCUUCUCCCCACUCCCUCCUCCCCUCUCCCUUCUCCCCACUCCCUCCUCCCCUCUCCCUUCUCUCUCCCACCUCUCCCUCUUCCCCAAUCCCCUUGCCUCUCCCCUCUUCCCCCCACCCCUCCCCACCCCUCCCCACCCCUCCAGGCGGCCCUAGCAGCAGCAGCAAGCUACUGAUCACACCUCCAGAGGCGGCUGCGGCCCUAGCAGCAGCAGCAAGCUACUGUUCUCACCUCCAGAGGCGGCUGUCUGAGCAGCAGGGACAGCAGCAGCGGAGGCAGAUGCACCAGCGGGCGCAACAAUUGCUCAGUGAAGAGGGCGUGCGGUCGCUGCUGCAGCAGGAGGAGCAGCAGCGCAGGGACCACCGGCUGGCUCUAAGGAGCAUCAUUCAGGCGCUGUCGGAUUCGCUGGUGAAACUGCCCAUCCACCCCUCCAGCACGGUGAAUGCAGCGCGGCUCAAGGAGCAGUUAGACGGCCUGCACGAACUGCUCACAGCCAUGCAGCCCUGUGCUGACGACCUCUACCAGGUGCCUGGGGUGGCGUGCCUUGUCUCAUCCAUAGCCGAUCAUCUCACCGCUACCAAGGCGGCUCUCGAUGCUGCAUGUGGCAACAGUGACCGCCUUGCUGAUGCCGCUUUGAAGGAGCAGACCAAGGGUUUCCAGCUGCAGCAGCUCGCAGACCUCUCGCGACCGGAGCUAGCCUGUGUUGUGGAGCUGUUGAUGGAGGAAAGGUCCGGCUCGCCUGCUAGGUUUCGGAUAGGAUACGCUCUGGUGCAGAAGAAAAUCAACAGCUUUUUGCAGGAGAAGCUUCAGAGGGAGUCUAUUAGGAAAGGUAUCGAGCUGGUAAAAAUAGAUCUGUCGAAACCGCUAGCAGAGCAAGGACCUUUUGACGCCAUUCUUCACAAGAUUCCAUCGCAACAGUGGUAUGAGGAGUUGGAGGAGUAUCAACUGAGCAGACCAGAUGUGCUUGUCAUUGACCCACCAGAAGCCAUCGCGCGGUUAUACAAUCGUAUUUCCAUGCUUCAGGCUGUCGACGACAAAUUGCAAUACGAGUGUGGAUGCGUCGUCGGGAUCCCUAAACAAAUUGUUGUGCAUGAGAAGCAGUCAGUCACCGAAAGCUUUGCGACCUCCGGCCUGUCGUUUCCUGUCAUCGCGAAACCACUGCUAGUUGACGGAACGCCUAAGUCGCAUCUCAUGUGGCUUGUGUACAACGAGGAAGGAUUGAAGAAGCUCUUACCACCAUUCGUUCUUCAAAAGUUUGUCAAUCACGGUGGUGUGAUUUUUAAAGUCUACGUCGUGGGGAAUCAAGUGAAGUGUCUUCGACGGAAGUCAUUGCCUGAUCCUCAACCGCAAGACCUUGCAAACCCUGAUGGAUUAAGCAGCGAUUAUUCUAUCUGCUGCCACUACAAUACCGGGUAG